AUGCCGCCAGGACGAGGACGGCGUGGCCGCACGGAGCAGCGCCACCCGCCGGAGACCGGCCGCCGCGACGAGGGUGCUCCGUCACGUCCCACGCCGCCGUUCCCCGCCUUCGCUUCUCAGGGGAUGAAGACGAGGAGGCCGAGGCAGCCGCCGCCGGCGAGCCUCCCCUUCGCCGAGAUCCUGUCGCGGGUGCCCUACCGGUCGCUCUGCCGCUUCCGGUGCGUGUCCAAGGCGUGGCGAGUCCUCUGCUCCCACCGGGCCAUCCAAAGGAGGGUGCCGCAGACCCUCUCCGGAUUCUUCCACACCCACCACUCGGACGGCGGCCUCCGUUUCAGCAAUCUGUCCGGGGGAGGCGCCCCUCUGGUCGACGCUUCGCUCCCUUUCCUCCGCAGGAGGUACGCGAGCGUCAAGCUCGAGCAAUGCAGCAGCAGCCUUCUCCUCUGCAAAUGCCGGGAAUCCGAGGAAGACGAGGAAUGCGAUUACGUCGUGUGCAAUCCUAUGACCCGGCAGUGGACCGUGCUGCCUCCUAUAGUAUGGCAGGACGAAGAGGAUGGUGAACCUGUGUAUUUCAGAGUGGUGCAGCCCUUCCUGGGUUUCGACCCGGCCUUUCCAUCUCGCUUUGUGGUGUUUUCGCCCCUGGUCGAGGUGUGCGACGAUGUGGCGAUAUACUCGUCGGAAACUGGGCGAUGGACUCGCAACAGUGAGUGGGGGGAUAACAGCGAGUAUCCUUCUUUUUCUGCAGAAUGUGCCUUCCUGAAUGGCAUGAUGCAUUUUCUGCAUCUGGUGAUCGAGGAACCUUUAAUUGCCGUAGUGGACACAGAGGGGGAUGUUUGUGGGGAAAUUACUCUGCCGGAAGGAAUGGAAGACGCCAGUUCUGGUUAUAGUUCAAUUGGGUACUCUCAAGGGAAAUUGCAUGCCUGGUAUAUGCAUCCUCAUUAUUACGAACUCUCUGUGUGGGUACUUGAGGAUUAUGCUAGUGAAAAGUGGACCCUAAAGCAUACUGUUGACGUUCCAGAACUGUUUGGAAGGGAAUCCACUGAAGAGGAUUGUGACGAAGAGGACAGGACCUAUAAGUAUGAGAUGUUUGCAAUUCAUCCAGAGCAUAAUUUGAUUUUCCUUACUGACUGGAAGGAGGUGAAUCUGUCCUAUGAUAUGGAUAGCAAGGAAGUGCAUCUUAUGUGCACUUCUGGAGAUUUCCUGGGUGGCCUACCUUAUAUUCCCUCUUUUGCGGAUCUGGUUGUUGGAUGA